AUCGCUUCCGUGAUUUUAAUAUUUUGAAUAAAAAGAAAUGUAAAUAGAAAGUAAAAAUUACAAUGAUAAAUUACCAUAUCAAAUAUAUAACAUCCUCUGAAACAUUACACCUUAAAAGUAGCGACUUCAAAUGUUUCAAGUAUGAAACGAAAAAACGCGCUGAAGAAUCAAUAUACGGUUCAAGUAAAAGGAAUUACUGUGAAUUGCGUGGUGGACAUUGGCGGUCACCUCGCCCGCGGCAAAUACAAAAACUGGAAUCCAAAUUACGUGAUAAAAAUGUGAUAGCUUGUGAAUGGACUAACGAGCAGCUUGUAACUAUUAUAUUCUCAUCAGGGGUCAUAGCCUACCUAACAGUUAAGCAAGAUACUUUAGACAUUUCACAGAUAUUAUUUGAUAGAUAUUUUGUAGGCAAACUUCCUGGACACACUGUAACAAAUGUUGUUUUAUCUAAGUCCCACAUAUUAUUCACAUUUGUGGACCGAAUAGCAACAUUAGUGACAUUUAAAAAAAAGACAUCAAAUGUGCCAUGUAAAAUAGUUGAUAAAGAACCUCUGUUACAAACUAUUGAACUUGGUGGAGCUUCACGUCGCACAGACAGACAUGUCUCUUGGUGUGAAAAUAAUGAUUUAUUAUGGACUCUAGUCUGGAGUGUCACUCCUGCUGAACCAGCUCCUUGGAGUCCUGUACUAGAAGAUCAUGCAAAUUUACAUCUGUAUCAAAUCAGCGGACAAAACAUGAACCUACUUGUUUACCAUCGGUUAGAAAAUGAAACAUUAGUUGCAGAGCUUUCGCAUAAAAGGGAUCGGAUCAUACAUAUUGUGGACCAAACUGCAUCACAAAAGAACUGCGUGACGUUGCGCUGGAUGAGAUACGAAGUGACGGAGAGUCAUACGCCGAAAUUGCAAGUGUCCCCGGAGAACGUGACGCGGCUGGCACUGCCGGCGCCGGCGCGGGUCGCUCGCAGGGCGCCGUGCGACUCGCGCCUCGUCGCAGCCUGCAUCGACGGCUCCGUGCACGUGGCGCACCACACCGCGGGACUCACGCACUCAACUAAAGCCGGCUUCAUCGCGACGGACGUGCGAUGGGCUGGCGAAUUAGUGAUAGCCAUUGAAGAGAAUGGAAGGAUUCAAUGCUUCGACCGCGCCCUCUCGCUACUCAAUCAUCACAUCAAGUUUCUAGAUUUAGCCGCGGAUCUGAGCGAUGCGAAAAGAAUGAAGGUGCUCGCAACCCUGAAUGCGAAAUGUGGUCCCAUUUUGCUGGCAACAUUCACUGGCGGUCCGCUCGCAUUAAUUCACAUCACGCACCCACGUCUUAUAACGGCGUGGAUAAGGGCUCGUCGGACGUCGAGUGCAGUAGCUUUGCUGCGGGCGAUGGAUUGGGAACAUGAAGGAAAUGAUUGCCUAUGGGCAGUCAAUAAACUUAUCUGCGCUUCUCUCAGGAGCGGGGCAGAGGCGGUGGCGGGCGAGGGCGCGGCGGAGGCGGCGCUGGGCGCGUGGCUGGCGCCGCGGGUUCCGCACGCGCACGCCGCCCGCCGGUACGCCUCGCCCCUGCACGACCUCGCCAGGAAGUUCUUCCAUCAUUUACUCAGACGGGGCCGCGUGGAGAAGGCGUUGUCCCUGGGCGUGGAGCUGGCGGCCUGGGACCUGUUCCGGGACGCGCGCUGGGCCGCCGCCCGUCGUGCGCCGCGCCUCCAGCACGAGGCCGAGCUGCUGGCGCGGGCGCUCCGGCCGCGGCACUGCACAGAUUCGGAAUGUUCGGAGUCGUGUUCGUGUAGCUCGUGUUCGAAUUCUGACGACGACACGAGCGCUUCGUCCGAGACCAAGCCCCCGCCUCUGCCCCGGGUGGCGCUCCCGGACCACUCGACCCUACUCCCGGUCCCCGCAUCACAACCCGAACCCUCAUCCACGAACAGCAUCCGUCCGAACUUACACCAAUACCUGGAGAGGGACUCGACGAUUUGGCACAGAGCCAUUCAAGACGACACUUACUUGAAGACGCCCAGCGCUGAUCGACUGAAACCGAUUCUGAGUCAAAGCUCCAAAUGGCACAGCGUUGAGGGCUUAGCGACGCACAGGCCGCCGACGAAGCACUCGCUGGCGGCCAUCAGCGAGGGGACCGUGAUGCCUUCGCGUUCAGUCAUAGACAUCGUGCCGCGACCCUACGACGAAAGGAUCGCGAUGUCUCAUUUCAAACAUCUGUACCAAACCGAACUGAAGGAGGAAGCCCCGAACACGCUGUACCGUUACCAAAACAACAAUUACCAGCCAAGUCUGAACUACGCAUUGGAGGACAGAGCAUAUUCGAACAACGUACAGAGAACAGUUAAUCGUACUGAAAAAAAUAAAGUUAAGUUUUCGGAUACUGUUACGAUCGCUGUUAUGUCGGACGAUCUGUGCAUGAUGUUCCAGGACCCGCCGGGCUCCCCGGACUCGGCCCGAGAGCUGGCCGACAGCCUGCCGCUGUGUCCGCCGCACAACUACUUGUCCGCCUUCACUCCGCAGACGCCCGAAGCGGCCCCGCAGAAACCCUCUAAAAUAAAAGUAGUUCACUUUGGAAUGGUUUGAACUUAUAGCUCAAUAUGCAUUUGAUUUAGAAAUUAUAUUUAUGACUAAAUACGAAACAAUUUUAGUGAUUAAAACAUCCGUCCAUUAUCUUUAAGUAUUUUAACUUCUCGCUAAGUAUAUAAUACCCAUUAAUUUUGAAUAAAGUAUUGUUAUUUUUACUAAAUAGUCACAAACUUGUUAAAAUUAUUAAGUAAUUAUUAUAGAAGUUUAUCAGUUCUUUAUUAUGAAUAUGUAAAAUGCAUUUAAAAAUUAUAUUCAGGUCGAUUA